UCCAAGAUCAGUACGCCAAGAAAGUGAGAUUUGUGCAGUGAACACAGCUGAGAAAAAUCCCAUCAAAAGACUGUAAAGAAUCAGUAUAGGACAAAUCAGCCCAGUGAGAUCCCAAAAGUAAAGACCCAAAAAUCAAAAUGAAUCACCUAUCGCCGCCGCCGUCGCCGCACUCCCAGCAGCCGAGUCCCGCGGGAUUGGGCUGCCAUGGAGCAGCUCUGGACAAGCAGUGGAUGCAGCGGGCCUCCGCCUUCAACACGGUGAUAGCCUCCGCAGCAGCACAGAAACUCAAUGGAAGAGAUCUGCCCUUCUUGUACAAUCCACUGCUCUACUCCAGUGCCCUGCUGUGGCCCCAAUUCCUGUUGUCCUCGGCCACGGCUUUGGGAACUCCACUGACCCCCAUGACCCCCAAGUCACCCGCCUCCGUGGUCCUGGGUCAGCGGGAUCGUGACUUUGCCUUGACGCCCGAGAAGGAGCAUGAGCUCCAGCUGAACAACAACAAUGAGAACAGCAAGCAGGACUACCAGGAGCAGGACGAGGAUAUGCCACUGAAUCUGAGCACCAAGGAGCGCAUCACAUCGGAUGAUUGCAACCGGGAACAGUAUCACAGCAGCAGCAACAACAGCAGCAGGAGCAGCUCCAGCAGCGAGGUGGAGCCACUGCAUCCGAUGACCUCCCUGAACGUGACCCCGCCACCGCUGAGGGCUGUGAAUCUGAAGAGCUCGAGCACACCACAGCAGCAGCGCCAGAGAUCGCAGGGUAACAUCAUCUGGUCACCGGCUUCCAUGUGCGAGAGAUCGGCGAGAAGGGAGCAGUACGGCCUGAAGAUGGAGGAGCAGGGCGAUGAGGAGGAGCACCAGGUGGACCCCAUUGUGCGAAAGUUCAAGUAUGAGCGCAGGACGGCUUCCAUAUCCUCGCUGCAAUCCCCGAUCUCCUCGCUGCCCGCUCCCGCCUCGACUGCCGUCCAGGAUCUGGAGUUCGAGGUGGCCCAGCAGCAGUUGUAUGCCCAUCGCAGCGCCUUCAUGGCCGGAUUGACGGGCAACAACCUGGAGCUGCUCACCCAGCACUUGAAGCUGAAGAGCGAGCAGCCGCAGCAGCAGCACCAACAGCAACAGCAUCGCAUCAAGGACGAGCAGCAGCAGGAUAACCGCUCGGCAGCGGCUCUCAUGAAUUUGGUGGCAGCCGCCGAGUUCGGCUACAUGCGUAAUCAACACCAACAGCCGCAGCAGCAGCAGCAACAACAGUUGCAUCAUCAGCAGCAGCAGUCGCAGCAACAUCAGCAUCAGCAUCAGCAGCAACAUCCUGACUCGACGGCCACAGAUGUUGCGCGUCGUUCGUCCUCCUCGUCCUCUUACCAAGGCGAAAACGAGGAGAAGCGCAGCGGCAGGAAUUUCCAGUGCAAACAGUGUGGCAAGAGCUUCAAGCGUUCGUCCACCCUGUCCACACAUCUGCUCAUCCACAGCGAUACGCGGCCAUAUCCCUGCCAAUAUUGCGGCAAGCGGUUCCACCAGAAGUCGGACAUGAAGAAGCACACCUACAUACACACCGGCGAGAAGCCCCACAAGUGCACCGUCUGCCUCAAGGCCUUCAGCCAGAGCUCCAACCUGAUCACGCACAUGAGGAAGCACACGGGCUACAAACCCUUCGGCUGCCACCUCUGCGAUCAGUCCUUCCAGCGGAAGGUGGAUCUGCGCCGGCAUCGGGAGAGUCGCCACGAGGAGGCACCUCCGGUGGAGGACCUGAAGCCUCUGAAGAUGGAGGUGAGCAGCAGCAGCUGCUGACCAAGGCUAGGCCAUCUCUGAGCCGGGAGUAUCUGAUCCCAGUAUUAGCUAAGCAGGACGAGAGACACACACUCAGAACCAGAUGAUGAUGUUGAGGGAGGAGGAGCAGAUCACAGUUGGCCCUAAGUCUAAGUCGUUGCUAUGAAGCCAAAGUUUGUUUUGUUUAGGCCUUCGCAAAGAUUUACCUAAUCGUAAGGAUUAAUUGUUAAAACCCAUUAUUAGCUAAGAUACUGCCCUAAGUGUGUACAUAGUUAUUCCAGACAAGACUUUUCUUAUAGCCGUUAAAACGUAGCCUAAUGACUAAUAUAAUUUAUUGCAUUAACCCUUAUUGAUUUGGUUUGAACUUAACCCAAAAUUGGCAGCUAAACGUACCAAAGAACAACCUCAAACAAUUGAACUACCACUUGGCGACCACUUGUCUAAAUUUAGUUUCCUAAUUUAUUUAAGUUUAUUGCUCUGGCUGGCAUCACCCACUUUUAUUUAUACGAUCUAUGCGAAUUUUUAGUUUAUUCUUAU